AUGUCUUUGGACCUGACUCCUCCAUUCCCUUUCCCCGUGUCGGGACCUUUGGACCCGUACGUCAAUUACUUGAAAGGUUACCUUACAAAGCUCGGCCGCUACGACCAAGGUGAUCAAUCUCUAGCCAAAGCCAUCCAAGAAGGUCUCGAUGAAGGUGUCGUGGAGUUGAAGUUCUGGAAUAUCACCAGUGCCGAUAACUUCAUGUAUUACGCCAACUACUUACUCACCAGCUGGAUUCCAAGCGAGACACAUAACAGUCGUUUCAUCUACCAAGUCCUCACCGUCUUCUACUACAUAUUUGACCGACCAGCCCUCUGCGAUCUUCAAACGCAAAUCUCUCCUGACUCGAUUGAGGGUGACAUGCCCAAGAUGACACCACUAUCUGACUGGGUCGUUGGCUACGCUAAGCGGAUGGGGUCAUGGUUGAGCACUUCUGCUUCCAUCACAAAGGACUCGUACCAGACAUUCCUCACCGCCAAGGAAUACAGAAUGAGUGACCCGGGCGACUAUAAGAUCCCAGACCCUCAUUCAGAUACCGGCGGCUUCCAAAGCUUCAACCAAUUUUUCUGUCGUUUCCUCAAAGAACCUCAUUCCAGUGUCCGACCUAUUGAUGAAGACAUAAAUACUGUUGUUUUUCCUGCGGAUUCGACGUUCGACAACGCAUGGCCGAUUGACAACGAUCUUUAUGUGGACAUUCAAGACCCAGAUGCACCUGCAUCAUCCUUGGACCAUGACAAUGUGGUUGAGGUCAAGCUUGUCAAAUGGCCUCUCUCAGCUUUGCUAGCAGGUUCUGCGUUUACAGAGACAUUCAAGGGCGGCACAUGGGCUCACGUCUUUCUCAACACCUUUGACUACCAUCGACAGCACGCUCCAGUGUCCGGGACAGUGCGGGAAGCAUUCCUCGUCGAGGGCUGUGCAUACCUGCAAGUAGAGGCCCAGGUUGGAGAUGACGGCAAGAAAAGGCUACAACCCCGACGAGGCUACACGUCGGCUGUAAAGGCGGGAGAUGCAGUCGCCGCCCAGCCGUCUGCCCCCGAUGGCGCCGGGUACCAAUUUAUUCAACAGCGAGGCUGCAUCGUGAUUGAUACGGCGGGCUUUGCCAACAUCGGUAUGGUUGCGGUCCUCCCCAUGGGCAUGGCUCAAGUCUCUUCCGUAAACCUGUCGGAGGGAUCAAAAGUCGGAAACAUUGUCCGGAAGGGCGAUGAAAUUUCGUGGUUCGAAUUUGGCGGCUCGGACCUAGUUCUGGUGUUUGAGGCACAGGCCCAGGUCGGCGAUUUCCCCCCUACAAAUACAAAGGAACAUCCCAGUCCACAUCACCUGAUGGGAGAAAAACUGUGCACGGUCAAAGCAAAAGCCACAUGA